UCUCUCCUCCCUCUCUCACUUCUCUCCAUUUUUUCCUAACCCUAGAAACCCACCAAAGCCAGCAAAUCCAUGGGAGAGAGAAAGAGAAACAACACUAGAAUACUGUGAUUCAACCAAUCUCCAACCAUGUAUUCCCGUUUUACCCCUCACUAUCCUCUCAAUUUUCAACUCCCCUACCCUCACCCUCACCCUCACCCUCUCCACCGUACCCUCGUCGGCGCUAACCACACCUCCGCCCGCUUCUGCUCUCGCUAAUCUCUCUCCUCUCUUUCUCUCUCUACAUUCACCUUUCUAUCUUUUUUCUUCUAAAUCUCUUCAAUUCUUCACACAUACAUACACAAACUGAUAGAUGUAGGAAUAUAUAUAUACAGAUACACACAAUUAUGGAACCUAAGCCUAGCUUACUGAGGAACAUUCUGGUUCGAGUCUUCUUCUUCUGUGUUUUCAUCGUCGGAGUUCGAUUCGCCUACGUCGUCACCAUCACAGGCGAAGCCUGCAAUCUCGGCGACUUCUGCUUCUUUUCUCUCCCUGAAAAUCUCAACAUCGUCACCGGCAUUUCUCAGCUCCCGUCAUCUUCCUCGGCGAUCAUCGUCCAUGACGCCGUCCGAUCAUCUCCGGCCAAAACCAACAGUCGCGAUCUCUGGACCACCAAAGAAUGGAGAAACACCGUACAGUUCUAUUCCUCUGUGUUUCACGAUUUAAUCGCCGAGGGUUUUCUAUCUCCCGAUUCGAAGUCGCUCUGCUUGGAAACUCCCAAUGGAGAAGAGGUUUUUGCUUUAAAAGAGAUGGGCGUUUCGGACUCGAUCGGAAUUUCCAAGAAAGCAUCGAAGCCGUUGGUGGUUUCAGGUUGGCCGUUCGAUGAGAACACUUUUGACUUCAUCUUCUCCGGAAUCAAGGGCCUCCAUAAGUCGGUAAAACAAUCAGAAUUUGCCUCUGAAGUUGCCAGGACGCUUAAACCCCAAGGGUUUUUGAUCGUCCACACGGCUUCAAAAGAUACGUAUAGUUUCAAUUCGUUUAUUGAUUUGUUCAAUUGCUGUAAAUUCAUACGCUCUCGUGAAAUCGAUGGAUUCGAUUCCUCGAUGCCGCAAAUUCGUGAAAUUGUUAUGAGAAAAGAGAGUUAUAUUCUUAAACCCACUGGCAAUUCAGUGAAUAAGUGCUCUGUUCCGGGGUAUAAACAAGAAUUGGUUCGGAAUGCUGAGCCGUUGAUUACCGAAGAGCCUCUAAAACCAUGGAUUACUUUGAAGAGAAAUAUAAAGAAUAUAAAGUAUCUUCCAUCAAUGGCUGAUAUUAAUUUUAAGCGAAGAUAUGUAUACGUAGAUGUCGGAGCUCGGAGCUAUGGCUCGAGCAUUGUGAGUUGGUUCAAGAAGCAAUACCCAAAACAAAAUAAGACCUUUGACAUUUACGCGAUUGAGGCGGAUAAAGCUUUUCAUGAAGAGUAUAGAUACAAGAAAGGGGUUACAUUGAUGCCUUAUGCGGCGUGGGUGAGGAAUGAGACAUUGUUUUUUGAGGUUAAUCAGGACCCGGGUCGGGAAAAAGAGGAGAAAGAGAAAGGGAGAGGAAUGGGUAGGAUUAAACCCGUUCAGUCAUCAGCUAGUGUUGCUAGUGAUGUGGAUAAGAUUCAGGGAUUUGACUUUACGAAUUGGUUGAAGAACACGGUAUCGGAGAAGGAUUAUGUGGUGAUGAAGAUGGAUGUGGAAGGGACUGAAUUUGAAUUGAUACCCAGGUUGUUUGAGUCGGGAGCGAUUUGUUUGAUCGAUGAAAUCUUUCUUGAAUGCCAUUAUAACAGGUGGCAGAAAUGCUGCCCGGGUGAGAGAUCGUCCAAGUAUCAAAAAACUUACGGCCAAUGCUUGGAGCUGUUUACUUCUCUCAGGAAAAGUGGAGUUCUUGUUCAUCAAUGGUGGUGAUACCGGUACCAACCUUUCAUUCCUUCUUGUAACAUUUGUUUUCUUUUUCUUUUUCCUUUUUUUCUCCUCGUAGAUGAGUCAUCCUUUGUUUACAGUGGAAAUGUUAUAGUUUUUCUUAUUUCAUUUUCUUGUAAUUGAAGCCCUUUUUUACUGUUAGAAAUUGAAUCCUUAAAGAUUCUUUCCUUUA